AUGUUAGUGUGGGAGUACACGUCUACAGCAGCAAAACCACGCAAGCGGGAUUUUUGCGGAAAAGCGACGAAAAAACUACAAAAAACGACCACCAUGAGCGAAUCGGAGACAUUCGACUUUGAAAACGACACUCCGGAAGUGCCCAAACGACCGUCGAGACGUCCGGCGCCCGAUACCGCACCCAUUGCGCCCGUUGCCGAGCCAAUUGUGCGCGAACACGACCGCGCGGUUGCCGCCGUGGAGCAGGAGGUGCCUGAGACUGUGGUGGAGACUGAUGAGGUGCAUGUUGUGAGCGGCGAAGGGUCAGGAUUCGGUUCUGGAUCUCAACAUGAUCCCAUUGAGCUUGAUGGCACAGAUGAAAAGAUCCCUGUUGUUCCUUCUAGACGCCCCAAGAAAGACGUGACGCCAUCCACAUCUUCCUCUGAAGCGCCCCAGGCCUCCUUCAUGCCGACUCCGGUCACGGAAGCGACCUACGACGAGCCAUCUUUCAACGUCAAGAUCCCCAAGAAGGGCAUGACCACCGAAGAAGCCGCGGCGCUGGAGCAUCGACAGGAAGAUGAGGAUAAGGAGCGAGUUUCCCGACAUGAACAGCAACAGCAACAGCAACAGCAACAGCAACAGCAACGCACACCGUCGAUUCCCUCGCGACCUGCACGACGUCCUGUGCCUUCCUCGGGUUCAGCAGACGUUGAAGAAGUCGACGGGCCUUCGUUCAGACCCUCUCCCGUUCCCCCCGCGAGACGUCCGGCUCCAUUGUCGUCAGGUACAACCUCCGAAACUAAGCCUGGAAUGACGACCGAACAGGCCGCCGAUUUUGAGAAGAAAGAAGAAGCAGAGUUCAAGGCUUCGUCAACACCGUUCCAACCAAUUGAGCCGUCUGUGCCCGAACGACCCCAAAGACCGUCUUCGCGACCAAAGAAAACCUCUGUGGAGUCCGAAGAAGCUCUCACAGAGAGAAUUGCAAAGGACAAACAGAUGGGCAUCGAGGUUGGUCUGGGACCCAUGGACAAACAUGUUCCCCGGGGAGUCCCCAAGGACGACAUGGCUCUCUUGCAUGACUCUCUUACUGAGGGCGCCUCCGACCCCAGUGCUGUGCGAACAGGUCCUCCCAUCAAGGCCGCUGUACCCAAGGACGAUAUUGCCUUGAUGAUGGAGGGACAGAGUGGAGGUGUUGCUGGAGACGCGGCCUCGGAGUUCCCCACCAGCACCCCUGCUCCGGCUGCCAAUAGAGCUUCUGACUCUGUUCCGCUCGACUCUGUUGCUCUCAGACAGAAAGAGAAUGAAGAGAAGGACAAGGAGAACAACGAAGAGCAAGACCAAGAGUUUGCUUCUGCUCACCGAAAGGUGCCUCUCGAUGCUGUUGCAAUGGAGGAGAAGAGAAAACAAGCUCUUGAGAAGGACAAGGAGGCUCCCAUCGUUGGGCUUGAUGCCGUGGGACUGGAACUGCUCAAGGAGAAGGAUUCCGAUCCUUCUGAACCUAGGGUUCCCGCGCGUCCUUCUCGACCUACCAAGCGACCUUCGGCUGCUGCUUCUGGGUCGGCGUCUGCUUCAGAAUCCGUGGAAUCCCUCUCUGCCGCUCGGGAAGCUACUCUUGAUCUGUCCAAGGAAAACCCUGUUCCUUUGGCUGAUGAGGAGGACGAGAUUGAGGCUAUUAUCGAGCCUGCUGCCGAGGAACCUGCUGUUGGGGUUGGAGCUGCUGAAGAGGAGAUUGAGGAGGUCAAGGAGGAAGUGGUGGAGCAACAUGAGUCUCUCCCUGAGUCCAAGGAACCAGCUAAGAUCAUCCCUAAGUCCGACGAUAAGCCCGACGAUAAGUCCGACGACAAGUCCGACGACAAGCCCGCUGAGCAGACCAAGGAGACCGAGACGGACGUCAAGGACCCCAAUUCCGACUCAGCCACUCCCAUUGCUGCGGCCACCUCUUCUGUGACUGCCGCUGCCGCCGCUGCCACUGCCGGUGUUGCCGCCGCUGCUGCUUCUGUUGCUGCUGCUGUCACUGGGAAUGAUGAGGAUGACAAGAAGGAAAAGGAAAUCUCGGCGGCAUCCAAAUCACCCGUUAUUCCUGCACGACCCAAACCUGUGUCUCGAACGGGCUCAAACCUCUCUUCUAAGUCGCCUCUUAUUCCUCCUCGGCCCAUGAAGCGACCUGGAAACAACACUUCGUCUUCCUCUCUGGGCGUUGGUCUUAGUAGCGACAAUUUGGUCUUGUCUGAUGACAAGUCUGAGGACAAGUCUGAGGACAAGGAGCCCAAGGCCGACAAGACUGAGGCCAAGGAGGCCAAGACUGACGGAUCGACCGCUAAGGAGGCCAAGACUGAAGAGCCCACCUCCAAGCACGAGGAUAAGGAAGUUAAGUCUACCUCGUCCGCCAAGCCCGAUGCACCUGCAAAGCCUGCGAAGCGACCUCCUCCAGUCAAACCCAAGCCCAAGAUUGGAGCUGCGUUCCAGGCUGCUCUGGAGGAGAAGGACAAGGAGUUCAAGCCCAAGCCCCGAGUCCCUGUGAGGUCCAACAAGAUCUCUGCACUUGCCAAGGGCCUAGAUGGCAUGUUUGGAGCCGGAGGACCAAUGGUUUUCGGGGCGCCCAUGCCCAAAAAGGAGGUUGAGGAGGAUGAGGAGGUUUCCGAGGCCGGUGGAGGAGCCUCCCAUGACCUGCCUCCUAUUGGUGUUGAUAAGGAGGAAAAGGAGGACAAGAAGGACAAGGAAGAGGGCUCUGGAGCUGGAUCUGGAGGAGCCUCUCGACGAGGCCGAGUCAAGGGACCCAAGCGAAAGCUCCCAUCUUCUGCAGUGUCUCCCUGGUCUUGCUCCGUCAUUUCUGAUGUGUGGGAGCUGGUCCCCAAGGCGAAGAAGGCUGUGGAGGAAAAGACUCACGAGGACGAGGAGAAGUUGAAGGAGUUGGGCCAUGAUCUUAAAUCCAAGUCUCGAGACCUAGAACACAAGAUCGAGGCCCACCAUGCUCACCUUAGAGAGACUCAUCCCCAUGACUCUUCCGAUGACGAUUUUGAAGACGCUCGAGAGCACGUUGUUCACGAUGACUACAUCCAUUCUGUUGGCAAGCCAAAGAAGAAUGAUGACGGUCACGUGCAUGCGGUGAGAAAGCGACUUGGAGAUGCUCUUGACACUGCUGGGCACCCUACGACGCAUGUGGAUGUCAUUCGAGAUGGAUCUUCGUCCACUGACAUUUCAAAGGUUGAAGAGCAUGCCGAGAACAUGGAGAAGCCGACAAAUACCGAGCCUCCUGUUCCUAGCCGACCUGCUCGACGCCCCAAGCAUGAGGACCCAGAGCCUGUGGAGACUACCACCAAGUCAGUUCAUGGUGGGGACGCGCCUUCUUCUGUGGAAGCAAAGCCUGCCCAUGACGCUCCUUCUCCCGUGGACACUACUUCCAAGUCUGUGCACAAGGGGAUUGCUGAUCCUGUGGACCAUGCUUCUAACAUUGGCAAUCCCGAAAAUGCUCUAUACGACAGUAAUGACGACGUGACGCGGUUUUCGACGUCAGAGCGACCUCAGUACACAGUUUCUGAGCCCGAUGUGAUCAAGUCGGGAACCCAUAAACAUCCCUACGAGGUUGGAUCCAUUUCCGAGCCUGACGUGAUCAAGAGCGCCACACAUCACAUGAGGGAGCAGCCGUUUUCCGAAGCCGUGGACGUGGAGGCUGCCAUUGAGGCAGCAGAGGGCGAUGUUGGGGUUUCUUCUCCGUCUUCGGUUUACUCGCCUGCUCCCACUUCUGCUGUGGAGGAGUCUCCUAUUGAUCGCAAGCAGAGUGUGGGCAGUAUUAUUGGUGGAUAUUUGGAUUCGGAUACAAAGGAGGUGGAAACUAUUGAGGAGGAGUGA